UUUUUUGCUUUCACUGGGGAAACCAGGCAGCCAGAUCUGUUUUGUUUCCUGUUGGAAAAAGGACAGCUGGGUGCUGUCGUGGCAGUUUUUCCACCGUGGAUUUAAUUUUCAAGAACAAAUAUAUGUACUGUGGAACUCAUAAAAUGCAAAAGACGAGUGCUGGAGACGGGGGAGUAGAAUGGCUCACUACAAGGAUGUAACUGUCAGGAAGACUUCUUUAAACCUGGUGACUGGAUUUUUUCAGUAUCUGCGUGAUGAGCAAGAGGCAGUGCAGAAGAGAACUUUCACAAAAUGGAUCAAUUCUCAUUUAGCAAAGCAUAAACCACCUUUGGAGGUAAACGACCUGUUUGAGGACAUCAAAGAUGGGGUGAAGCUCUUAGCCUUGUUGGAGGUCCUGUCUGGGCAAAGACUUCCGUGUGAGCAAGGCCGACAGCUUAAGAGGAUUCACUGGGUUUCCAACAUUGGCACUGCUCUCAAAUUCCUUGAAGGCAGGAAGAUCAAACUUGUGAACAUUCAUGCCACUGACAUCGCUGAUGGACGGCCAUCAAUUGUCCUUGGGUUGAUAUGGACGGUUAUCCUCUACUUCCAGAUUGAGGAGUUAACCAGCAACCUGCCAGCCCUCCAUGCAUUAUCAAACAGCAACUCCUCUGUGGAGAGUAUUGCCAGCUCUGAAACAGGAAGCCCUCCAAUGAAGAGGAAGGUGGUCAACAAAUUUCAGGGCAAUGCCAAGAAGGCUUUGCUCAGAUGGGUGCAAUGCACAUCUGCCAAGCAUCAUGGAAUCGAGGUCAAGGACUUUGGCCCCAGCUGGCGUGAUGGUGUUGCAUUCCAGGCAGUGGUGCAUGCCAUCCGACCAGACCUGGUGGACAUGGACAUGGUGCGGCAGAGAGGCAACAGGCAGAAUUUAGAGGAGGCCUUUGCACUCGCAGAGAAUGAGUUGGGCAUUCCACGUCUGCUGGAUCCAGAAGAUGUGGAUGUUGACAAACCAGAUGAGAAAUCCAUUAUGACAUAUGUGGCUCAGUUUCUCAAGCACUACCCAAAUCCCCACCAGUCUGAGACUGAUGGACAGCAUGAUGAGUUUGGUCCCCAAGAUAUAGAGCAAAUGCUUGAGAGAGAGGAGCGGAAGAUGCUGAGAGAGCUGAAAGUGUUUUUAGAUCAGCUCGAGAGAGAUGUGUUGCGGGCCCAGGGGGCAGAGGGAAAUCUCACAGACAAAUACCAGGCCUUUAAAAGCUUCCAUGUACAAUAUGAAAUGAAGAAAAAACAGACAGAUCCAUUGUUACAGCCAGUCCACAAGGAUGGCAAGCUGUCAGUAGAUCAAGCUCUGGUCAAACAGGCCUGGGACCGUGUGUCUGCCAGGCUGCUGGACUGGCACAUCCAUCUGGAUAAGUCUCUGCCUGGCCCUCUGGGAGUGAUUGGAGCUUGGCUUCACCGAGCAGAGAUGGCUUUAAGAGAAGACAUUCCCCUUCAACUUGCUCAUGAAGAGACAGCCAAUGUUCUCCACAGAAAACUAGAGCAGCAUAAGGAAGUGUUAAAAAACUUGGAAUUACACAGGCAGACUUUCCAACAGAUCCACAGGGACAGAUCAGUCAAUGGGGUACCCGUGCCCCCUGAACAGCUUCAGGACAUGGCAGAAAGGUUCAACUUUGUGUCAACAUCAUCUCAUGCUCACUUGAUAAAACUGGAAUUCUGGGAAAUGAAAUAUCGACUGAUGGCAUUCCUUGUUUUGGCUGAGUCAAAACUAAAGUCCUGGAUCAUAAAAUAUGGCCGACGGGAUUCUGUUGAACUCCUGUUGCAGAGCUACAUUACUUUCAUUGAAGGCCACAGAUUUUUUGAGCAGUAUGAGAUAAUCUUCACAGCCCUCAAGCAUGCAGCAGAGGUUUAUGUAAAGUCUGACAGUUCAAGGUCUAAGACCUGUAACAAAGUUGAUGAAGCAGAGGGAGUGAGCAAAUUCCUCAAUGAUACUACAGCUCAGUGGAAAAACCUGGCUUUGGAGGUUCGAAGUGUUCGCAGUAUGCUGGAAGAGGUGAUCAGUAACUGGGAGAAAUAUAGUAGCACUGUGGCAGCUCUGCAGGCCUGGAUGGAGGACGCUGAGCAGAUGCUCAACCAGUCAGAGAAUGCAAAACGUGAUUUUUUUAGGAACCUAUCUCACUGGAUUCAGCAGCAUAUGGACAUGAAUGACUCUGGAAAUUUUCUCAUUGAGACAUGCGACGAAACUGUCUCACGGGAUCUGAAGCAGCAGCUUCUUCUUUUGAAUGGGAGAUGGAGAGAGCUGUUUGUCAAAGUCAAAUAUUAUGCAAGAGCAGAUGAGGUGGAUAAAUUGAGGCAAGACUACCAAGACGGGAUUAAUACCUUGAAAAUGUUCAUGGAUGCAACCAAAGAGAAAAUGGAUGCUCCUGUUCAAGUAUCUUUUCUCAAUGUCAGAGCAUUUGUCCAAGAUGUUGAGGACAUCAAGCACAAAGUGCCAGCAAUGGAAGCAGCCUGCAAGGCAGCAAACCGCACAGCUCAGCUGUUGACCAAAGAUACUCCACAAGAAGAAAUUUCACAGAUGAUGACUGUGAUGGCUUCAGUAAAAGAGCAGCUGAGUAAGGUGAGAGAGAGAUGCUUGCCUUUGCUUAGGGAGUGUCAGUCCCUCUUACCUCCUUUGGAAGAAAUGGAGAAGAAUAUCACAGGCUUCUACCAAGCUUUGGAGAAGGCUAGUCAUAUCACCAGCACCACAGAUUCUGAGGGACCUUUAGACUUCAAACAGAAAUGCCAGGAGCUGGCAACAUUCACGCACAGCUGUAAGAAGUGCCUGACAGUGAUAGAGCGGAACCACCAGACCAUCCAAAAAAUAAUGAACACAAGUAAAACCCUGCAACACAUGGACAUGAGUCUUCUGCAGAAAAGAGUGGCAGACCUGCAGACCUCCUCACAGAACAUGAUUAAAGAAUCUACUGAAUGGCGGAAGCACGUGGAAGCAAACAGCAGCCUCAUGAGGAGGUUUGAUGAGUCACGGGUAGAGUUGGAGAAGGUUCUUAAAAUGGCACAGAACUGUCUGACAGAGAGAGGCAAUGCAGAGGAGCUGCUUAAGAAACACACUGAGUUCUUCGGCCAGCUGGACCAGCGAGUGUUGAACACAUUCCUCAAAGCCUGUGAUGAGCUGACCGACAUUUUACCUGAACAGGAGCAGCAGUCACUGCAGGAAACAGUGAGGAAGCUGCAUAAACAUUGGAAGGACAUACAGACGGAUGUCCCCUUUCACCUGCUGCACCUGAGGGUGGAGGUUGAGAAGAGCAAGCUGAUGGUGUGCCUACAGGACUGCCAGGCAGAGCUAACCAGGGAAAACCGUCACCUGGCUAGCAUGGGGAGCGAGAGACUGAUUAAAGAGCACAGAGCCUUCUUUAGGGAAAAAGGCCCACAGUCCAUCUGUGAGAAAAGGCUGCAGCUGAUAGAAGAACUUUGUCAAAAACUCCCUGAAAGUGACCCAGCUCUGCAGAUUCUGGAGGCGGUCAGAAAAGAGUUUGCUGAGGUUUUGGAGGAAAUCGAGAACACUCACCAGAAGCUAAUGCAGCACCCAGAUAAAUGGAAGGAAUACAAUGCAAGGUAUGCUGAACUCUCCUGUUGGCUCAUAUCUAAAGAAAGUCAACUGAGGCUGCUCAGAAAUCGAGCCAGUGACCCUAGAAAAUAUGGACAGGUGAAAACUACCAUUGCGGAGCUGAGAAAUGAUGCAGAGCUACAAGAGGGAAAUCUUGGUUGGCUUAAGGCCCGUAUGGCUGUACUGAUUGAAAUCUCCGCUGACAGUGAUGCCCAGAGGCAGGGAAGUUCACUGAGCAAGCUGUCCGUUGAUUUUAAAGGUCUUCUCGCUUCUCUUUUGGAGGCUGAGAAGAUGGUGUUGGCCGUUGGAGAUUGUGUGCAAUUCCGUGAAGAGGUGCAGGCUACUUUGGAUGACCUCAUUCAGGGGCAAAAAGAGGCCCAGGCUGAGGUUGCCAAAAUACUGGACUGUUCAACUGCCAGAGAAGCCCAGCAGCUGCUACUUGUUUACCAGCAACAGUUGAAGCGCCUUAAGCUGAAGAGAAAGGACGUCCAGCAGCUGAUCACCAGAGGCCAACAGCUCCAGGCAGAAGAGGGAUUGGGAGAAACAUUGCAGCAGGAUCUGCAGAGUUUAGAGAACACAGUCAGCAAAAUGGAGCAGAAUAUGGAUUCACAGGAGCAAAGCCUCGAGGUGACACUCGCAGCCUGGCAAGAGUUUGACAGCCAACAGGAGGCAGUGCAUGAGUUUGUCAACAAAGCACGCUCCACAAUUGAGAGAGAUCUGAACUUCAGCAGUCCAGAGAGCCUGGCAGUUGAAUUGGACCAGGCAAAAGUUUUGUUGAAGCAGUGUGAGGCUGAAGCCAUGCAUAUGAACACAUUACUGAAGAGAGCAACAGAGAUCCAGCUUGGUCCAAAAAAUAAGACCCUGCUUUUACAGCAAGCUCGUUCCCUAAGUGAGCAAGUGGGCAAAGUAGAGGCUGGCCUAAAAACAGAUUUUAAAACACUGGAAGAAAUGAAAGACCAAUGGGAUCAGUUCGGAACUGGAUUUGAAGCUUUUUCCCUGUGGAUAUCAGAAAAGGAAAAAGAGCUGGACUUAAUUAAAUCUUCUGAUUUACCUCUUGAGCAACAGAUCAAAAGAGUAAAGGCUGUGGGAUCAGAACUUCAAGAUCGGGCUGAGGUUCUUUCUAAACUUGAGACUGACUCCCAGUCACUGGCCCAGUUUGUGUCUUCGGGAGAGGCAGCUCGUAUCAAAGCUCGUCUGACUCAGAUUGGAAGGUACUGGGAUGAACUGAAGGAAAGUGUUCAGCAGCUUGAUGGACAGCUGGAGGAAAGCUCCUCACAUCAACAAAAGUUCAAAAUGAGCCUGGAGGAGAUACAAAAAUCUCUUAGUGAAAUCCAUCCAAAAAUGGAACAACCUGUCAAGUCCUGCACUUCAUCAUCAGAGACAUACAAAGCCCUUCAAAGUCACAUGGAUGUCUGCCAGUGUCUGGAGUGGAUGAAGGGAAGCUUGCUGUCACUGUCAGCUAGUGUGCGCCGCCUCAGUGAUAAGGAGCAAGCAGUGAGGACUGUGGCAGAGCUAAACACCAGCUAUGAGAAAACCGUCCAGAGAGCGAAGGACAAGCAGAGCUCCCUUGAAAAGCUGCUUUCUCUAUGGCAAAAGUAUGAGAAACAACUAUCAAACUUCACCUCCUGCCUGGAGAGAAAUGAAUCUGCAUCCAAACCAGAAAGUCAGUGUCCAUCAGCUGAUAAAGUCAAGCUACAGACUGAGAUUCAGGAUUUGCAGGCAUUGCAACCUGAGGUCCAGUUUCUUGAGAGGGCUCAUGCGGAAUUAGUGUCUUUAGGGGCAUUGCUGUAUCCAAUGGCACCUGAGGAGACAGCUUCUCAGCUUAAAGAUGAACUUGACACUCUGCAGAAGCGACUCCUUACCCAACGAGAAGUCCUCCCUCAAAGAAUCACAGAGCUUCAGAACCAUCUUUCAUUGGUGGAGCAGCUUGAUCAGGCUCUUCUUAAAUUCUCCCAGUGGAGUGAGACCCUGCUGUCAAAUCUGCACUCAGCUUCCCCAAUCAAUAUAAACAACCUUCAGUCUGCUGCAGCACAAGUCAAGGAGACCCACUUGACUCUACAGAAGCAAUCCAGUGUGAAACAGAACUUGGAGCAGCAGACAAAUAAACUGUGUCAGUUGUUUGAGCCUGCUGAUGCACAGCUCCUGCACAACAGAGCAGAUAGCUGCCUGCAGCCUUUCCAAGAGGCCCAGCACAUAGCAGAGCUUCAGUUAGAAUGUCUGGAAAGGCUUGAGGCAUUUAUGCAGACCCACAGAAUGGCUGCAGGAGUGUUGCGGGGACUGAGACAGACUGUUGAGAGCGCAGGGAGCUGGGACCGUGGAAGAGUAGAAGAACUGCAGCAAGAACUGGCCACUAUUGUUCCCGACAUAAAUCAGCUUGAAACUCUCGCCAUCAACCUGGACAGUAGUCUCUGCAAAGCUCAUCUCCACAUUGGUGCUGAACAGGGUUCUCGUAAAUCGUGCCGCAUGCUGGCUGAUUCGCUCAGUGCUGAGUUGGAUGCUGUGAGGAACUUGCUUGGUACAAAGCAAAGUGAAGCAGAGGCUCUCGGGGCACUGUGGACUUCGUUUCGACAGAGAAAAGAGCAGUUGCUUAAAGCAGUGGAAGACAUUGAGGAAAAGGCCGAUCACCAGACCUUCAAAGAGCCCAGCCUUCACUCUUUACAGCUGCGACUUCGGUUCUUUAAUCAGCUAGAGGAUGAACUGCAGUCACACCAACAUGAAGAGCAGUGGCUGAGGGACAAGGGCAACCAGCUGGCCCAAAGGGAUGCAGAAUUGGCUGGGGAUGUACUGAGGGAAAUUAGCCUACUGGAAACAACAUGGGAGGCCACCAGGAAGCUCAUUACAGAGAGACAGGAACAAUGCACUGUUCUUGCUGAGCUAAUGAGAGAAUACCAAAUGCUUAAAACCUCCCUCAGUGGCAUUAUUGAGAGUGCUGAACCUUUGGUUGAGAUAAUCUCAGUUCUGAAGGAUCAUGAGGAAACUAAGAGGUCCUUAACCAAGCAUGAAUCAAUGAAGGCAGACAUGGCUGGCAAGCAACAUGACUUGGAUCAGUUAUCCAGCAAAGGAAAACAGCUGAUGGCUGAACUGAAAAAAAUCCCGGAGUGCGACACUGACAUAAUGAAAAAGGAUAUGGACACAAUCGUUGAUCAUUGGCUAGAUAUGUCUGAGAAGAUAGAUGAAAACAUUGAUCUCCUGAACCAGACUUUGGGACUGUGGGAUGAUGUACGUAAAAUAAACGAGGACGUUGAGAGCUGGACGAGCGGGUGUGUGAUUGAGUUGAAUGAAGCCCUGGGUAAUUUCAACAACAGUGAGAACGUUUCAGCAAGGCUCUCGGUGUUGCAGGGAGAAAUUUGUGAGAAGGAGCAAAAACUUGAAGUUCUGCACAGAAAAGUGUCAGAACUGAAGACAUGCUGUCAAAGCCAAGAGACUCCAGCUAAGUUGCAGGUGUUGGAAAAUGACCUACGCAAGAAGAUCAACAGUGUGCAGAUGCUACAUGAGCAAACCAGGCGAAACCUUAUGGAGUUCAGUUCCCAAAGAAAACAGCUAGAGGACUACAUCUCACAAAUGUCUGCAUGGCUUAAAAGUAUGGAAGAUUCGAUGAUGCCUUCUCCAACAGGAUCAGAGCCAGAGGACAUCUGCAGAGUGAAGGAUCUUCAAAAAGAGCUCCAAAAUCAACAGGGGAGUAUUGAUUCCACCCGGGAAAGUCUCAACAACCUUUGCAGAAAAUAUCCCACUGAGGAGCUGGCUGGUUUGGGCUCAUCUCUCACUGACCUUAUAAAAACGUAUGAGUCUGUGAACCAGAUUUCUGUCAGGACUUUGACGUCACUGCAGAAUGGCCUGCAGCAGCAGUUCAGUGACCUUGUCCAGGAGUUCCACCACUGGCUUUCAGAACAGCGGGAGAUAGUGAAGGAAUGCUCGGACAGAUCAGGAGACACUCAAAUUGUGGAGCGUAAACUACAGAAGUUAAAUGGUGCCAUGGAUCGUGUGGAGGAGGGGGAUUUUCGUCUUACUCAGGUGUGUGAAGAAGGAGGGAAGCUCCUACUUCAUCUUCCCAAAUCCAGUGCUGCACAGGUCCAGCAGCACCUUUCCUCCAUCCAGCAGGACUGGGACAGCUUUGUGGAGCAAUGCAGACAGAACCGACAGAUCCUGGAAGAUAGCGCAUCUCUCAUGAAAGGUUACGAGGGUCGUCUGAAGAAACUCAGGUGGUGGUUGGAACACAUGGAAAACAAAAUGACUACAGAUCUGCUUGAGGCCAAACAGCGUGGUCCUGAAAAAGCUGUGCUUGAGCAAGUAGAAGAAUAUCAACAGGAAGUGCUUAAAGAAAGGGAUUCAUUUGAGCGUCUCUGCCAGGAAGGCCAGGCACUAAAUGAGGGUGGGCGAGGUGAUGGAAGUGAGACGAGAGUUUCAGCUCAGCUGCAGUCUCAGCACCAGGCCCUGUUGAGGCGUGUGAGGGAGCGACUGCGCAGUUGCCAGCUCACUUUACAGGAGCAACAAGCCUUUGAAGAGACUCUGCAGGCUACCUGGGUCUGGCUUAAUGGUGUCCAGGAGCGAUUGGCUUCACUCAACAGCACAGUUGGCAAUAAAGAAACUCUGGAAAAAAGACUGGGUUUUGUACAGGAUAUCUUGCUAAUGAAAGGUGAGGGUGAGGUGAAGCUCAACAUGACAGUAGGAAAAGGUGAACAGAUACUUAAGCACAGUACAGUGGAGGGCCAAGAGGCAAUUUGUUCACAGCUUCAGAGCCUGAAGGAUGCAUGGGCCAAUAUGCUGAUGACUGCCAUGAGCUGCCACAGCCGUCUGGAGUGGACAGUGGCCCAGUGGACCAGUUUUCAGGAAAAUAAGAGCCAACUGCAGCAGUGGAUGGAGUCAGUGGAACAAGAAGUGGGGAUGACUCUGCCUCAGCAACCAGGCCUAAAAGAGAAAUCUGCUUUGCUUGAACGACUAAGGGCUGUCCAAGCUGACGUGGACGCUCAUGCCGCAGCUCUGUCACGCCUAACAGAAAAAGCAGUGGAGAUGUUUGAAAAAACUGGUGACCAGACGUUUGGACCAGAGUCAAGGGCAGAGCUCAAUACACACUUUGAUGAUAUCUCAGCUGUUGUGAAGGGUAAAGUGCAGUCCAUGCAAAACAUUGUAUCUGAGCAUGAGCAGUACCUUGAUGCUGUGAGAGACUUCAAUGACUGGCUGAUUUCUGCAAAAGAGGAGCUGCAGCGCUGGUCUGACCUGUCAGGAGACUCAGUUAACAUUAAGAGAAAGCUCUCAAAGGUUCAGGAGCUGCUUGACUUUAAGCAGCGCGGAAGAGAGAGGCUGAGCCGUGUUCAAAGAUGUGGAGCAGUGGCAAGAGAUUAUACAGGCUCGGGGGGCUAUGAGGCUUUGGAGAGAGAGGAAUCAGCCCUGUUGUCAUCAUGGGAGCAAUGGGAACGUGGGGCACUGCAGACACGCGCUAGUCUGGAGACUACACUCUCACAGAUAUCAAGCUCAGAGCAGGAGUUCAACAGCCUGUCUGCACAGCUGGAGCAGGGCUUGCACGACUUCAGCUGUCAGCUGAAAGACUGGCGACUACGGUUAGCCCAAGCAGAGGGCAAAAAUGAUGACGAGGAAGCUGUAAAAGGCUGGGAGAUAGCCAAAGAAACUUUGGAGGAACUUGUUAAAGCAGAGGCUAUAUCUGACAGUCUGAAGACACAACUCAAUGAUUUAUGCAGAUUUUCCAGAGAAAUGGGAACACAAUCUGAGAGAGUGUCCGCUUCUAUUAAGGAAUACAACAGUUUGAGUCUGCAAGCCUCUAAGGAGUGUCAAAGCAAAGAGAAGCUGCUAGGACAAGGGUUCCGCUCAGCAUUCAGAGAGUUCCAGCAAUGGCUAGUCAAUGCCAAGAUCAACACAGCCAAAUGCUUUGAUGUUCCUCAAAAUAUCAGUGAAACGGCCGUUAGUUUGCAGAAGAUUCAGGAGUUUCUCAGUGACAAAGAGCAAGGUCAGUCAAAGCUCAAUGCUGUGAUUGUGAAGGGUGAGCUUCUCUGUAAUAUUGCAGCUAAAGAUAAAACAGAUACAAUCCGAGCUAAAAUGAGCACUGCCAGAGAAGACUGGAAGAACAUAACAUCUAAUCUGCACAACAGAGAGACAAGUCUGCAAAACGUUCUCUCACAAAUGAAGGAUUUUGAGGAAAGUGCAGAGCCUCUUCAAGAGAGCUUGAAUGCCACAGAAAUGACUGUGCAGGAGAGCAGCACAAGACUUCAUGAUCUCACAGCCAAGAAGCUCGAGCUUCACAAGCUACAGUCUGUGCUUGAGGAGUUAGCCUCUUACGAAGUUCAGCUGAGCAGGCUGAAAGAGAAGGCCCAGCUGUUGUGGGAUGAACACUCGGCCGGCAAGGGUUUUGUGCACCGUGUCUCGCAGCUCUCUGCUCAGUACCUAGCUUUAACCAACCUGACCAAGGAGAAGGCUUCCCGGAUUGAUCGUAUCGUCACGGAGCACCAGCUGUUCUCCCAAGGGUUGAAGGAGCUGCAGAACUGGAUGGCUGACACCAGCCACAUGUUACAGACUUACUGUGCCCCCACUUCUGACAAAAAUGUUCUUGAUAGCCGGAUGAUCAAGCUUGAGGCUUUGCUGACUGCUCGUCAAGAGAAAGAGAUACAGCUGAAGAUGUUGAUCACACGAGGAGAGUCAGUGCAGAGAAACACAUCAGCUGAAGGAGUCCCAGCGGUUCAAAAACAAAUACAAGAACUCAAAGACUCCUGGGAUACCCUGCUCUCUGCGUCUUUUCUGUGCAAAAGUCAGCUGGAGGGCUCAUUGUCUCAGUGGACCAGUUACCAGGAGGAUGUUCACCAAUUUGUGGCUUGGAUUGAGCGUGUUGAGGAGAGUCUUGAUUCUACUGAUAAACAGUGUGCAGAGAUGAGAGAUAAAACAACUAAUCUGAGCAAAGCAAAGUUACUGUAUGAGGACGUACUAAACCACAGCAUCCCGUUGGACACCAUUACUGCCAAAAGUGUCAGUAUCGCUGAUAAUUAUGUCACUCAGCUGGAGCUCCAAGAACUUCAGGAGCGUUAUAACACUGUCAAAGAAAGGGCUAUGAUGGUGGUUGGUAAAGCUGAAGAGCUGGUGAAAGCCCACCAGGAGUAUCAGCGUGGUCUUCGUGCAUUUGAAGAGUGGCUGGAACAGGAACAAGAGAAGCUCGGCUGCUACACCCAACUUGAAGGUGAUGUUGAUAUGCUGGAGGAGACUCUUCAAAAGCUGCAGGAACUGCAGCUUCACUGCACCGAAGGCCAGGCUUUGUUAAACACACUGCUGGUCAAUCGAGAGCUGGUUAUUCCCUGGGGUCUACCUCAAAUAGAGGACAGAGCAUUGGAAACCCUUCAGCAGGAGUGGAGGCUUUACCAGGCCCGGCUGGCCGACACUCGCUCUCAGCUCAACAGUGCUCUAGCCAAACUUCGGCAAAUGGAGCAGAAGUUUCAGCGUCUCGACAGUUGGCUGAAAGGCAUGGAGACCAAAGCACAGCUGCGGAGUCAUCGGAGAUCCGACCGCGCUACCAAAGAAGCUCAACUACAGAUGAUAAAAAGCUGGCAAGAGGAGGUCCUUGUUUAUCAAGAGGAAAUGGAGGGCCUUUCUGUUUUGGCCCAGCAGGUCCUGGAUGAGACUCACAUUAGUAGUCGCAUCAGUACCAGAGCCACGCAGAUCACUGCACGAUACCAUGCCCUCCUUCUUCAUUUACUGGAGACAAUUAAGCAGCUCCAGGAGGAGGUUUCUUGCAUUGAAGAAGCACAGUGUGUAUUCACCACAUUCUCCGACUGGCUCAGCACAGCUCAGCAUAACUUCAACACAGUGGCUGUAAGUGUUGAUAUUGUGGACCGGUUCGCUAUGGAGAGAAAAAUGAAGAAACUGGAGGGUCUUCAGGCUGACAUGGAGCAGGGUCACACAUACCUGAAGACAAUGAGGGAGAAGACUGAGCGUGCCAUGACUUUUUUGGAAGAACCUGAAGCAGAUCAGCUCAAGGAGGAGGUGGAUUCACGACUUUUCCAACUGGAAGAGUUGAUGGUAGCUCUGCGCACAGAGCAUAGCUCCCUUGAGAAGUUCAUCUCACUUUCUAAGGACUUCAUAGAUAAAUUCAAAACCCAGACCCAGUGGCUGACGGAGACCAAGAACUUGUUAGCAUCAAAUGUAGAGCCAAAAGCUGAACUCUAUCAGAAGAAGGCUCAGCUAGCAAAAUAUAAGACCAUUCAACAAACCGUGCAGUCUCAUGAAUCAGCAGUGAAAUGUGUUAUUGAGAAAGGAGAAGUGCUUCUUGAUGCAAUCAAUGACCCCGCUGUUUGUGAAAACAUGAAAAAGUUACAGGCUGAAUAUCAAGAUCUUUCUUUGGCAGCAAAGACACACGUCCAGAAGCUUUUGGAAUGGGUAAAAGAACACGAGGACUACAACAGUGAAUUACAAGAAGUUGAGAAAUGGCUGUUGCAGAUGUCCAGUAGGCUGGUAACCUCAGACUCCAUGCAGACCAGCAGUAUGGAGAUGGCUACCCAACAGCUUGCCCGACACAAGGCUAUUAUGGAGGAAAUAGCAAGUUUCGAAGAGCGCCUCACCAGCUUGAGGCAGAAAGGGGAAAAUCUAGUUGCCAGCUAUACAGACCAAGUGCAAGCUAAGAUCAGUCAACAAGUCCAGGCUCACCAGCAGGGGACCAGAGACAGCUAUUCUGCCAUUUGUAGCACUUCCCAGCGUGUCUACCAGAGUCUGGACCGAGAGUUGCAGAAACAUGUUAGUCAUCAGGACACUCUCCAGCAGUGCCAGACUUGGCUCUCCACUGUACAGGAGGAGCUACAGCUCAAUGAUCAGGGACCAUCUGGUCUGCAGGAAGCACUGAAACAGGUGAAGCACUAUAGAGCCCUUCAAGAGCAGGCCAGCACUUACCUGGACCUGGUAUGCUCUGUGUGUGAUCUGUCUGAUGAUGCUGUCAGAGUAGCGGCUGCUGAGGUUCAGCAGAUCAAACUGAUGAUUGAAGAAAGGAUGUCCAGUGCUCUGGAGCUUUCCGAGGGCUGGAGAGAGGUCAAGGAACAGAAACAAGAUCUAACAAGCUCUUUCCAGGACAUGGAGCAGCAGCUUCUCAGUCUCUCCAGAAGACCAGCAGAACUGGAGACAAAGAUUGCUCAAAACAUGCUGUUACAAGCCAAGGAAUGCAGCCAGCAUCUGCAAUCUAAACAGAAUAUCCUCACCAAGAUGACUGAGACUGUGAGCAGAUUGACUGGUGGCCAGGAAUCUCCAGAACAUGCUGAGCUUGACCGUCUAAGCCAUUCCUGGCUCGAGCUCUGCCACCAGGCUAACAAUCUACAGAAACAGAGAGAGGAGGACCUGCAGAGGUCUAAAGAAUACCAUAACUGUAUCUCUGCUGUAGAGGUGUUGUUUGAACAGGUGUCCAAAGACUGGGACAAUCUGGCCAGAACGGAUGCUGAAAGUUCAUCUCAGCAUUUACAGGCCUUGCGGAAACUUGCUAUAACAUUGGGAGAGCAAAAAGGGGCCCUUGAGGACCUUAAAGAGCAGAAGCAUAAAGUCAUCCAGCAAUUGAACUUGGAUGACAAAGAACUUGUUAAAGAACAAAUCAGCUACUUUGAGCAAAGAUGGUCUCAGAUGCAAAACCUGAUUGAAAGGAAAAUCCAGGACUCAGUGGUGACCCUGGAGGAUAUGAGUCAAGUGGAGGCUCGUCUGAGAGAAGCUCGGGACUGGGCAGAGGAGCAGCAGCCUGCUCUGUCUGAGGCCAUGAAAAUGAGCCCUCCCCCUGAACUGGCUCAGAGCUUCCUGUUUGACCACCUGAGUAUCUGCAGUGAAUUAGAGGCCAAACAGCUCCUCUUGGCACAGGCGAUGGCGGAUGCUGACAGGGUACUAGCACGUCUGGGCCUCAGUGAACGGCAGCAUCUGCAGCAGCUGAUUUCUGAAACACAGUUGGAGGUGGAAUCUCUUAGUGUGAAAGUGGUGCAGAGGAGAAAACACCUCAGCAAGGCUUUUACAGAGAGGACACAGUUCCUGAUGGCUGUCAAUCAGUCCAUUUCUUGGGUUCAACAGAAUGAAAAGAAAGCCCAGGCAGAAGAGUACAUUGCUUUGUUACCUGAUGACCUAGCGAAACAGGUACGAACAUGCAGGAACAUUCAAAGCAGUCUAAAAGCGUAUCAGAGUGAGUUAACUUCCUUGUGGUCUCAGGGAAGAGACCUGAUGAGGGAUGCCAGCGAGGAAGAAAAGAAUGAAAUUCUCACAAAGUUGCAGGAGCUGCAAAAUGUCUUUGACAGAACACUUCAUCGAUGUGGCCAGAAACUUCAGGAGCUUGAAAAAGUGUUUGUGUCUAGAAAAUACUUUAAGACAGACUUAGAAAAAAUAUGCCAAUGGUUAAAACAAGCAGAUAUCGUUACCUUUCCUGAAAUCAAUCUGAUGGUAGGAGACGCUGAACUGGAGGCACAACUGCUGAAGUAUCAACAGAUAGUGGAGCAGGCCAUUGAUUAUGAGAACCUCCUCCUGAUUGUACAAAGAGCAGGUCAGGAAAUCUUGCCCACGCUCAAUGAAGUAGACCACUGUUAUUUGGAUGAAAAACUAAACACCCUCCCUCAGCAAUACAACAGCAUAUUAGCGCUAGCCAAAGAGAAACAGGAGAAAAUUCAGCAGGCCAUUCUUACAAGGAAUGAGUACACCUCUUUCAUAGACAUCACUCACAAAGCACUGAAAGAACUUGAAGAGCAGUUCAAUAGUCUUGGGACUCAGCCUGUAGGCUUGCAAACAGAGGAGGUUGUUAAUUUGCAGAGUGAAUACAAAGCAAUCCAGGCAGAUCUCAGCAACCUGGGUCAAGCUGUGAGUGAACUGAACCAGAAGAAAGAAGGAUUUCGGAGUACUGGGCAACCAUGGCGCCCAGAUGAAAUGACUCAGCUUGUUAGCCUGUACAAUGGUCUGAAGCGGUUGGUAGAACAGAAAGUCGAACAUCUGGAUGAAACUCUGGAGUCAUUUGAGGACCACAAGGCAAUGGCGAUGCAAGUGGAUUCUCAGUUAAAAGCCACUAAAGAGCAGCUGGUGAAAGUGAAUGCAGAAACGCAGUCAGCUGAAGAGAGGCUGAAGAACUAUCACGCGUUAGCAGGAAGUCUUCAGAGCGCCAACUCUCAUUUGUCAAGGCUCAUGGAGCAGAUGGACACUCUAGCCCCUCGUGUGGACCAAGCAGCACAUGAUGCCUCCAAAGAGCAAGUGGUUCUGUGGCAGGAGGAGCUGCGAUCUUUACAGGCUGCCGUAGGGGACCUCAUUGAAGAAUGUGAAAACAGAUUUGUCCAAAGUAAAGACUUUGAGACUGAGAUGAAAAGGACACUGGACUGGCUGCAGCAGAUCAGGGAUGAACUGGACUGUGCUGUGAUAGUGGAUGUCAGAGUGGAGAAGGUGCAGGAGGAGAUCAGGAAGCAGCAAAUAAUGCAAGAGGAAGUGCAAUCCAGACUAAGAAUUGUGGCUGCUCUUAGUAGCCGGGAAAAACAGGAGUUUGUCAGUGCCAAUGAGCUUGUGCCCACCCAUGUGGAUACAAGCUUGGAAGAAAUGGCAAAGCUGCAAGCUGAUGUUCAGAAAGCACUGAGCGCCAAACAGAUUACUCUGGAAGACGCCUUGGUUUUGUGUCAGAAAUACCACUUCAGGAUGCAGUCAGCAUGCGAAUGGUUGGAGGAUGCUGUGUCUUUCCUUCAACAAGCUAGCUUGGGAGUGGAUGUCGAGAACUAUGAGGAGUGUCUCAGGCAACAGGCUGAUAUCAUGGCAACUGAGCAGGAGUUUCUCAUCCACAUCGAAGAACUACAAACCCUUCUUCCUCAGCUGGAGAAACUGGUGAAUCCCACACCAAAAGAGCAGCUCCGGGUGAGUGUGGAGUCAGCAAAGCAGAGAGGCGCAGAGGUCCAAGAUCAGCUCCGGUGUCACCAGGAUGUCCUACAGGGCUGUGUGACCCAGUGGAAGUCAUUCCAGGAGGCAAGGCAGACUGUCAUCGAGCUUAUGAAUGAGGCUGAGAAGAAGCUCACUGAAUUUUCCACUGCUAAAGCAGCCACAGGCCAAGAGGCUGAAGAUAAGCUAUGCAGUCAUCGGUCCCUCGUGUCACUUGUGAAUGGCUUCCAAGAGAAACUGAGUGGUUUAGAGGAACAAGCUGCACAACUGGAAAUGGUUGGCAGUGAUGCCAGCAAGGCCACCAUCAGUCGCUCCAUGACCACUGUGUGGCAGCGCUGGACACGCCUACGCAGUGUGGCACGGGGGCAAGAGAGAGUACUGGAGGAUACAGCACAGGAAUGGAGCACGUUCAGGGAGAAGAUGGUGAAGGUUAGAGAUGUAUCUGAUGAGCUCCAAAGCCGCUUUCCUGACAGUGCUGUAGAGAAGGCAUCCAAAGCCACUCUGCAGUCUCUGUUAGACCAGCAUGACCUACUAUGCCAAGACCUGGAACGGGAACUCUCUUCUCUCACUCUGCUACGUCAGUAUGCCCUCAGUCUGCUGCAUGAUGUAGAGGUGCCUUCACCUACAAAUGACCAAGAAGAGCUGCCCAGCUUAAAGGAAAUCAGAGCUGUUCAAGACCAAAUGGAAAGUUUGUUGACACAGUCCAGGACCAAGCGGGCUCAGACAGCUCAGGAACUGAGGGAAAGAGAGGAAGUGGAGAAGGAACUUAGUGUUGUGAAAGCCUGGAUCCAGGAAACCAGGGAGCUGCUUCUGAAUCCCACACAAGAUAUUGAUUCUUUAUUGCAGGAACUUGAGAUUUUACAUGGAGAUGUAAUCACAUAUCGCCAGAAUGUGGAAAAAUUAGCUGAGCAACAGCAAAGCAAGUAUUUGGACCUCUACACAAUACUACCUUCGGAAAUUUCCAUGCAACUAGCUGAGGUUUCACUGGCACUGGGUGCUAUUGAGGAUCAGGUUCUCUCAAAAGAGAGAGAAAACCAGAAAACCAGAGAAAUAAAGGAGGACUUCAGCUCCAGAAUCCAUGACAUGUCUGCAAGACUAAAAGCAAUCUCACAAAAGUUUAAAGACAAAUCUCCUGAUGUUGACCAUGCCAAAGAAGAGGUCAAAAGUCUUUUUGAAGACUUGGAUUCCUGUGGACGCACACUCUCAGAACUGGAUACAGCUGUACAAGAUUUUGCUCGCAGAAACCCCCUGCUGGCCAAACAGCUGAGUGAUGCAAUUAGCAAAUUGUCAGAGAUGCAUCAUCACACAACUCGGCUGGCAGACUGUAGAAACAAUUGGCUCAAAAAGGCGGUCUGCUAUUUAGAUGAGUACAAUGAGAUGCUGGACUUCAUAUUGAGGUGGUCAGAGAAAGCUAAAAGCCUGGUGAGGGCAAACAUCAUCUGGAACUCCUCUGUUCACCUGCAGGAACAGAUACGCAUGUACCAGGCUGUACUGCGUGAGUCUCGAGAGCUCCACGGAGACCUAGAAUCUAUGGCAGAAAAAGUAGAGCUUCUGUCUGAGGUUCUGCAGGUUGAGUCAAUGAGCCAGCAGGUAUGUGAACUCAGUCGGCACACUGAUGAGCUUCAGCAAAGUAUCAAGACACGACUGCAGAGCCUGCAGGAUGCAAACAAGAGUAUGGAAGCCCUCGAAUAUGAAGUUAAGGCCCUACAUGUUGCUCUGGAACAAGUUCAGGGCACACUAACCUCUCCAGAGUUGGCUCGUCAGAGUCUUAAAGAACAGCUGUCUCAGAGACAGCGUCUGUUGGCCGACAUGGAAAGUUUCAAGCAGCAGGUUCAGGCAGUGCAGCUCUGCCAGAGUGCCCUUCAGGUUCCAGAGGAGGUGAUGCCCAAUCUUGCCAUCUGUCGAACAGCUCUGCGUCUGCAGCAUGAAGCCAGUCAGCUGCAGCACGUGGCAAUACAACAAUGCAACAUAUUACAGGAGGCAGUGGUUCAGUAUGAGCAAUACGAACAGGAAGUGAGAGAUCUGCAGGGGCUCAUUGAGGAAGCACAUCGGGUCAUUCAGGAUCGACCAAUCCCUACCAAUAACAUCCAGGAGCUACAAGCCCAAAUCCUUCACCAUGAAGAACUUGCCCAGAAGAUUAAAGGUUACCAGGAGCAAAUUGCUUCGCUAAACUCAAAAUGCAAAAUGCUAGCAGUAAAGGCCAAGCAUGCCACCAUGUUGCUGACAGUGAGCGAUACAGAGGGACUUCCUGAGGGGCAGCAGGAGAUGGAAGGGAAGAAAUCUUCAGCACAAGCCAUUGUAAUGACAGCUGGCCGCUGUCACACUCUGUUGUCUCCUGUCACUGAGGAGUCUGGGGAAGAGGGCACCAACAGUGAAGUGUCUUCAUCUCCUGUUUGCCGUUCUCCUUCUCCUAUUACUCACCCUGAAGGCACUUUCACUAAGUUCGGACGUGGAACACUCACAAGAGCUCCAAUCCAAGAAUUGUAUGACCCAACAUUUCAGUCUGUUGCCAAUUUAGAUGACCUGCAGCGCUCAUGGGAGACUUUGAAGAAUGUGAUCAGUGAAAAGCAGAGAUCUUUGUAUGAAGCCCUGGAAAAACAGCAGCACUACCAGGGUUCUCUUCAGUUAAUCUCCACUAAAAUGGAGACUUUGGAGAGCAAACUCAGUGAACCUCUGGACACAGAUAAAAGUCCAGACAGACACAUAAAGGCACACAAGGCUCUCAUGGAUGACAUUCAGACUGUGCAGGAAGAAAUAGACAGGCUGCAGUCAAACUUUUCCGAAGAUCUUGCUGCUGAUGCCGAGGACAAAGACAUGGCUGAACAGCUGGCCAUGCAGGCCUCACUUGCUGUUUUGGCUGAAAGAAUAGCUACAAUCCACAUGAAAGCUUCAGGGAAACAACAAAUACUAGAGGAGCGUAUGAGUGAUCGCCUUGAGGGUGAGCGCCAUGAGCAAGCCAUACAGUCCUAUCACAAUCGGGUAGAUGAACUGGAACGGUGGUUGACCCGAAUGAGCAGUGCUGUCAUUUUCAUCCUGGAACCUAGACCUGCAGAGGAGAAAGAGAUGGAAGUUCAGCUCAGUGAAUGUCAGAAUAUGCUGCUGGAGAUCGAAGAGAAGGUGUUGGCCCUCACAGAGUUAUCACUGCACAGUGAGAACCUGCUGCUGGAGGGUCGGACUGACACCAGAGAGGAAGCAGAGUAUUUGACUGGGAGGUUACGCACACUGAAGGGAGGUCUGUUGGACCUCCAGAGGAUGCUACAAGACAAACAGAUUAGCAUCCAGGAUUCUUUGCAGGAGCCAGAAGACAGUGAAUCAGAUUCCAGUCUCUCUCAGAGUCCCAGUGUGCAGGACUGGCUGGCCCAGGCUCGGACGACACGAAACCAGCAGAAUGAGGACAGUCUUCAAAGACAAAGGGAACUUGAAGAGCAGCUCGCAGAGCAAAAAAAGCUGCUUCAGUCAGUUGCUAGUAGAGGAGAGGAGAUCCUGAUUCAACAGUCCUCACCAAGUAGUGCCAGCACAACAGAGCCUUUUUCACCAACAGCUUUGGCUGAAGCUGGCCAAGAACAGAUGAGGCAGAGGUGGGAGAGUCUCAGACUAGAGCUGAAAACUAAACUGCAUCUCCUGCAGAAAACACUUGAGCAGGACCACAAGCAGCCGUUUUUUUCCAGACCUUCUCGUGUGAGCACAGCUGGGCCACUAUUUAAAAAGGAGACUCAGGCUGACAAAUCCUCCUUGAAGACUCUGUAUUUUAGUUUCAGACAGGCAGUUGAAGACAUGACCACUCAGCCUGGCGGUGGAGGGGAGAUACAGGUGGCACAGAUGGAACAGCAGCUUUAUACUGCUGUGUCGUCUACCUCGUCCUGGCUGGAUGGAGUGGAGAACAAUGUUUUCUCUGGCUCAGUGCUGCUGGCUGAAAAUGCAGAGACCCAGCUCCAAAAUCAGGAGGUCCUAGAGAAUGAUGUCAAGCAUGUGACAGAGGAGGUGAAGCUCAGUCAGGCUCUGCUAGCUGGAUCCCCAGGGUUAAAACAAGAAGAGCGGGUUCUUCUGGAGGACAACCUGGACUGCCUGAAAGAGAGAUUAGGAGCUCUUGGUGGUGCUCUAGGAAAACGUUGUGACCACAUGAGGACAAGAACACAUGAACUCACAGCAUACCAGACUGAACUGCAGCUUCUUCAAACGGCUUUCAUUGAGAACAAAUGCCAGAUCCUGCAAGCCCUUUCAAUGGAUAGACCAGCCUCAAAACAACUGGAGGUCAUUGCUAGUGCAGAGGAGAGCCUGAAAGACUUUGAACAGAGAAUCACUGAGCAUAAAACCAGGGGAGCAGCACUUCAAGCUGAUCAGAUCUCAACAAACAAGAUGCUGAAACUACAGGAUUCCUAUGAGGAGCUGUUGAUGACAGUGAUCUCCAGACGCAGUGGGCUGAACCAGAACAUGGCUCUGAAGGAACAGUAUGAACGAGCUCUGCAGGAUCUGAUGGACCUGGUUGACACAGCUAAAGACAAAAUGACUGCUGAUCAGCGAAUCAUUGCCAACUCUGUGGAAGAUGUUCAGAAUCACCUAGACAAACAUAAGGAAUUUUUCCAAGGUCUGGAGUCCCACAUGAUUUUAACAGAAACAUACUUCAGGAAAAUCAGUAGCCUUAUGAUGCCGAAAGAGAGCCAAACCUUGGAAGAGACCAUGGCUGAGGCUCAGAGAAUCCUGAAAGAGGCACACAGUAAAGGAGUAGAGCUGGAGUGCAUCUUUGAGACUUGGUGCCGUUUGGUACAGGACUACCACAGUCUGAAUCGGCAACUAGAAGCGGUUGAAGGAAGUAUCCCCUCAGUUGGCCUCGUGGAGGAAACUGAAGACAGACUAUUGGACAGAAUCUCUUUAUAUCAGGGUUUAAAAGGAAGAUUGACAGAACACCAGCACAAGCUCCAUCAGGUGCUGGAGGAGGGCAAACAUCUCUUACUGUCAGUAUGCUGUCCUGCACUGGAUAAUCAACUUGCACUGUUGGGGGAACACUGGCUUAACAACACAGCAAAGGUCAACAAGGAACUACAACGCCUUGAGGCCAUCUUAAAACACUGGACCCGGUACCAGAGAGAGUGUGCAGAGAUUAGUGAAUGGCUGCAGUCUGCUCUGGAGCGUCUGGAAUUUUGGAACACACAAGCAGUGUUAGUCCCGCAGGAGCUGGAAACUGUCAGGGACCAUCUCUCUGCUUUUCUUGAGUUUUCCAAAGAAGUGGAGGGAAAGUCGAGCCUGAAGAGCUCAGUGGUAUCUGAGGGCAAUCAGCUGCUGCGACUGAAGAAAGUCGAUACAGUGGUGCUACGCUCUGACCUGGCACGGAUUGACACUCAGUGGGCUGAGCUGCUCACACGAAUCCCAGUGGUCCAGGAGAAGCUGCAUCAGAUCCAAAUGGAAAAGCUGGCUUCCCGUCAUGCCAUUUCUGAGCUGUUUAACUGGAUAUCACUGAUGGAGAAUGUGAUAGAUGAAGAUGAAGAAAACCUAAAAAGUGCUGUAGGAUCAAAUUUGAUUCAGGACUAUUUGCAAAAAUACAAGGGAUUCAGAGUAGAUUUAAGCUGUAAGCAGUUGACUGUGGACUUUGUGAACCAGUCAGUGCUACAGAUCAGUGGUCAGGAUGGGGACAGCAAGCGCAGUGAUAAGACAGACUUUGCUGAGCGCCUGGGAGCAAUGAAUCGACGCUGGCAGAUCCUACAAGGACGCAUCAAUGAGAGGAUCCAGUUCCUUGAGAGCCUGUUGGAGAAGUGGCUGGAGUAUGAGAGCAGCGUACAAGCCCUGAAAUUUUGGAUGGCAGCUCAAGAAGAAAGAUUAAAAAGGAAACAUCGGAUAGAGGAUUUGACAUCUGUGGAGAAUGCUCUUAAAGAAUGCCAGGAAAUGGAAGUAUUCAUUAAAGAAAAAGAAAAAGAACUAGAGAAAGUGGAAGAACAGGGCUGUGCCCUUGUUCAGAACAAAACUGAUGAGGCCUGUGCCAUCGUCAUGGAGACACUCCAAGGUGUCAAUCAUACCUGGGCUAACCUGGACCAUUUGAUAGGACAACUAAAGAUCAGCCUGACAUCAGUGUUGGAUCAGUGGAGUCUUUACAAGCGAGCCUCAGAGGAGAUCAAUGGCUACCUGAUGGAGGGAAGAUACUCUGUAUCACGUUUCCGCCUCCUCACAGGGUCCUUAGAGGCUGUUCAGCUGCAAGUGAAAAGUUUGCAGGAUUUACAAGAGGAGCUGGAAAAACAAGAGAGUAGUCAAAGAAAGUUUGGUGCUGUAACACACCAGUUACUGAGGGAGUGUCACCCAUCAGUCUCAGACUCUCUCAAUAAUGCCCUUAAGGAUGUCAACGCAAGAUGGACUGGCUUACUGGAGGAGAUUGCAGAGCGUCUCAGAAGCAGCAAAGCCCUGCUUCAGCUGUGGCAGCGCUACAAAGAGCUUUACGAAGGAAGCUGUUGUAGCAUCCAGCUGCAGGAGGAAAAGGCAGACCAGCUUCUUAAAAACACCUGCAGCAAGGACAUAGCUGAUGAAGAAGUGUCCAAAUGGAUCCAAGAAUGCAGUGAGUUGCUGCGGUCCCAAUCUCCUGUGCAGGCCUCGCUUCAGAUUCUCCAAGAAUUGGGAGAGCAACUAAAACAGCAAGUGGACACAUCAGCGGCGUCUGCUAUCCAGUCAGAUCAUCUUUCUCUAAGCCAGCGGCUGGCUUUGGUGGAACAGGCACUUAACAGACAGCUCACCACCCUGCAGACUGGAGUUCAAGACUAUGAAACCUUUACUGAACAGUUGAAAUUACUGGGUUGCUGGAUAGUCGAAGCUGAGGAGGCUCUGAGGGCCCAAGAUCCCAAUGGCUGCACUGACCUGACAGUUAUCCAAGACCGUAUGGAUGACCUUAAGAAACUUAUGCUGAAGUUCAGCGGUAUGGCACCUGAAUUAGAGCGUCUUAAUGAGCUUGGUUAUCGGCUCCCUCUUAACGAUUCAGAGAUUAAGCGCAUGCAGAGUCUGAAUAGAAGCUGGUCGACAGCCUCAGCACAGACAACAGAGAGAUUCAGCAAACUUCAGUCGUUCCUGCUGCAGCAGCAAACCUUCCUUGAAAAGUGUGAAACAUGGAUGGAGUUUUUGGUCCAAACAGAGGAGAACCUGGCAGUUGAAAUUUCUGGGAACUACCAGAGUUUGAUGGAGCAACAAAAAGCCCAUGAGCUAUUCCAAGCUGAGAUGUUCAGUCGCCAGCAAAUCCUCCACUCUAUCAUCAGUGAUGGACAGAGGAUGUUAGAGCAGGGUCAGGUAGAUGACAGAGAUGAAUUCAACAUGAAGCUGGCUCUGCUGAGUAACCAGUGGCAGGGAGUCGUGCGACGUGCUCAACAGAGGCGGGGCAUCAUUGAUGGCCUGAUCCGCCAGUGGCAGCGCUACAGGGAAAUGGGGGAGAAGCUGCGCAAAUGGCUCGUAGAAGUCUCCCAUCCCACAGAGGUUCUGCAGCGAGGCAGUACAGUUCCGCUGCAGCAAGCUCGCUCCAUGCUGGAUGAUGUUCAGCUUAAGGAAAAGGUGCUGCAGCGUCAACAGGGCAGCUACAUUUUGACAGUUGAAGCAGGAAGGCAACUGCUCCUUUCAGCUGACAGCCAGGCGGAGGUAGUCCUCCAAUCUGAACUGACUGAUAUCCAGGAGCGAUGGAAACAUGCCAAUAUGUGCCUGGAAGAACAAAAGAAAGAGCUCACCACAUUAUUAAAGGAUUGGGAGAGGUGUGAGAAAGGGAUUGGUGGAUCACUGGAAAAAUUGCGAGCCUUCAAACGGCAGCUCUCUCAGCCUCUCCCUGAUCACCAUGAGGACCUGCAAGUUGAACAGAUGCGCUGCAAGGAUAUGGAGAACACAUUUGAAGGCUGGAGUGGAGAUCUGGCCCAUCUGACUUUACUGAGAGAGUCACUUUCUUGCCAUAUCAGCGCUGAAGACCUUUCUGUUCUUCAGGAACGUAUUGAACUUCUUCAUCGACAGUGGGAAGAAAUCUGCCACCAGCUGUCUCUGCGCAGGCAGCAGGUGAACGAGAAACUGAAUGAAUGGACUGUAUUCAGUGAGAAGUACAAGGAACUCUGCGAGUGGCUCACCACCAUGGAAAGCAAGGUGUCCCAGAAUGGAGACAUUAGCAUUGAGGAGAUGAUAGAGAAGCUCCACAAGGACUACCAAGAAGAGAUCACAGUGGCAGAGGAGAACAAGCAGCAGUUGAAUCAGCUGGGAGAGCGCCUGGCGAGGGCCAGUCACCAGAGCAAAGCAAAUGAGAUUGAACAAAAACUCAAUAAAGUGAGCGACCGCUGGCAGCAUCUCCUGGACCUUAUUGGAGCUAGAGUGAAGAAGUUGAGAGAAACCCUGGUAGCAGUGCAACAGCUGGAUAAAAAUAUGAGCAGCCUGCGCACCUGGCUCGCCCACAUUGAAGCUGAGCUGUCCAAACCGAUUGCUUAUGACGCCUGUGACCCUCAGGAGAUUCAGAGGAAGCUUGAUCUGCAACAGGAGCUUCAGCAAGAUAUAGAGAAGCACAGCACAGGAGUGGCCUCUGUGCUGAAUUUAUGUGAGGUGCUCCUGCAUGACUGUGAUGCCUGCACCACCGAUGCAGAGUGCGACUCCAUCCAGCAAGCAACUCGAAGCCUUGAUCGCCGCUGGAGGAGCAUCUGUGCCUUGUCAAUGGAGAGGAGACUAAAGAUUGAAGAAACAUGGCGUUUAUGGCAGAAAUUUCUAGAGGACUUUGCACGCUUUGAGGAGUGGCUGGCCACUUCAGAGAUGACGGCUGCUCUGCCAAACUCCUCUGGUGUCUUGUACACAGUGGCCAAGGAGGAACUGAAGAAAUUUGAGGCCUUUCAAAGACAAGUUCACGAAAGCCUGACUCAGCUAGAGUUGAUCAACAAGCAAUACCGCCGCCUGGCCAGAGAGAACCGCACAGACUCUUCCUGUCAUCUGAGGGAUAUGGCCCAUGAUGCUAAUCAACGAUGGGACAACCUGCAGAAAAGGGUGGCUUCCAUUCUUCGCAGACUCAAGCACUUUAUUAGCCAGAGAGAGGAGUUUGAAACAGCCAGAGAUGGAAUUUUGGUUUGGCUGACAGAGAUGGACCUUCAGCUUACCAACAUCGAGCACUUUUCUGAGUGUGACAUUCAAGCCAAGAUCAAACAACUCAGGUCAUUUCAGCAGGAAAUUUCUCUGACAACAGCCAAGAUUGAGAACAUCUUCCAUCAGGGGGAGGCACUUAUAGAGAAGUGUGAGCCUUUGGAUGCUGCCGUUAUAGAGGAGGAGCUGGAGGAGCUGCAACGUUACUGUCAGGAGGUCUUUGGCCGAGUCGAGCGCUACUACAAAAAACUAAUUCGCCUUCCACUUGCAGAUGAUGAUACUGAGGUGUCACUGUCAGAUCGAGAACUUGAACUGGAUGAGCCCGGUGAUUUGUCCAGCCUUCCAUGGACUGAACGUUUAGGGGAUGGCUUUCUGUCACCUCUGCCCUCCUCUGGUCGCUCAGCCUCUCUUGCAGCUCAGCUUCGGACAGAGCGCUCUGGAAGGGACACGCCUGCCAGUGUGGACUCCAUUCCACUGGAGUGGGACCAUGACUAUGACCUGAGCCGGGGGCUUGAGACCGCCAGCAGGGCCCUCAGAGAGCAGCAGAGUGAGGAGUCAGACUUCCUCCAGCGCCCUGUCUCAGGCUUAUCAGAUGUAAUGAUUCCAGAGAGCCCUGAGGCCUAUGUUAAACUUACAGAACAAACACUGAGAUCCUCCACUGGGGAGGCUACCUCAGCAGAUUCUCACAGUCAUCCUCUUGACGCCAGCCGCUUUCACCUGCAACAAACUGACAGCAGUCGAAGCCGCACUCCCACAUCCACAGAGCUGGAUGCAUCAUAUAUGGGCUACAUGCGAUUGAUGGGCGAGUGCCGUGGCAGCAUUGACACGAUGAGGAGAAUGGGCUCUGAGCUGAAAGAGGAAGAGGAUACAAUAUCUGGACUGGCAGAUCCCAGUAGCUCAGAGUCCCAGACAUCUGGUGUGAUUGAGCGCUGGGAGCUCCUGCAAGCUCAAGAUCUUAGUAAAGAGAUGCGGACAAAGCAGAACCAGCAACAGUGGCAACAGCUGAACUCUGACCUGAACAAAAUUUGUACUUGGCUGGUUGAGACAGAAGAAGAGCUGGAGCAGCAGCGAAGGCUGGAUGUUACCACAGACAUCCAAACAAUUGAACUUCGCAUCAAAAAGCUCAAGGAGCUGCAAAAGGCUUAUGACAAGCGCAAAGCUAUCGUGCUUUCCAUCAACUUGUGCAGUGCAGAGUUUCUGCAGUCAGAAUCAGCUGAGUCACAAGAGCUACAAGUCAAACUGAAGGACAUGAACAAUCACUGGGAUAAGAUAGGCAGCUCAUUGGAAGAGUGGAGGUCAUCAUUACAGGAAGCUCUCAUGCAAUGCCAAGAUUUUCAUGAAAUGUGUCAUGGCCUACUGCUUUGGUUGGAAAACAUUGAUCGCCGGAGGAAUGAGGUGGUUCCCAUUGACCCAAUCAAGGACAGUGACACUCUUCAUGAUCAUCAUAAGACACUUACGCAAAUUCGACAGGAGCUACUGGACUCUCAGCUUAAAGUUGCCUCCCUACAAGACAUGUCCCUCCAGUUGCUGGUCAACUCUCAGGGGAGCGACUGUCUAGAAGCCAAGGAGAAAGUUCACGUCAUCGGGAACCGCCUCAAACUGCUGCUGAAAGAAGUAACCCGAGAUCUCAGAGAGCUGGCUAAGAUUCUGGACAUUACAAGCAGCCAACAGGAUCUAUCUUCUUGGUCAUCUGCCGAUGAGCUGGACACAUCUGGUUCGGUCAGUCCUGUAUCAGGAAGAAGUACACCAAGUCGACAACGGCCGCAACGGGGCAAAUGUAGUCUGUCACAGCCUGGAACGUCUGUGAGCAGUCCACACCACAGGUCUCGCAGCGACGCUGGAUCCGCUUCCUUCCCUUCUGAUCCAGAAACGCCAAGGGCCCGAAGGUCCUCGUUUCUGUGGCGCGUCUUCUGGGUCGCCCUGCCUUUCCAGCUCCUUCUGCUGCUGUUGGUGGUCUUUGCCUUCCUGCUGCCACUGUCAGAGGAGGACUACUGUGUUCAGUCCAACAAUUUUGCUCACUCCUUCUACCCAAUGCUCAGCUACACGAACGGACCACCUCCCGUGUAGGUGAGCUUAACGAACAUUGAGUGUCAGCAUUUUAUGGAAUCUUUGAAUUUUAAACGGGAAUCAAAUUGAUAUUCUCACAAUCAAAUCAUGUUGGGAGCAAAAACUUCAUCCAUUUGUACUGCAGAAAGUCAGCUGCCAUCUACAGUUAAUAUCUUUGCGUAGCGCACAUGAUCAAGGCUCUCACUAUGUUACUCUGUGUAUUGCUGUGUCAAUUAAGUAUUUUUGGUGUUACCUUAAGGAAAAAACAGUGGAUUUAGCCCACUGUUGACAUUGCUUGUAUUUUUCUGAAGAGAACUGUCCGUGGACAGCACCAAAGUAAAUGCGGAAAUAUAGCUUGUUAAUCUGCUUAAACAACAAAUAGAAAACAUUUAAUACAACUAACAUUGCAAUUAUUUUUUUACUUGUAUUUUGGCAUGUGGUUUAAUCUAUGCUUUUAUUCACUUAUAUCCCAUUAAAUUUUAUUUACAUAACAUCGAUUUUAUGUAAGCUAAGUCAAGUGGUUUAAUAUCAAACACAGUCCAAGAUGUUAACCCCUUACAUGAGUCAUCCAUGGUCUUUAUACAUUCUGCUUGAUUAUUUUUAAAAAUGAUCUAAUGUCUUCAAGAUUGAAAGGACAUGAAGAGCUAUUGUAUAUUUUGUAUGACUGUCAGUUGAGUAUGAAAUGAAUAACAGUCCAGAGUUAUUUAACAUCUGUAAAUAAUGCAAAGAAUAAUGAGAAAUGUAUGUAUAUGUGACCAUGAGAAACAAUGAAUGCCAAAUCCCCAUUUUGAUAUUUGUCUUUUCAUUUUUAGUUUUUGAUCUGUGAAUCACUUAUGAGCUGUGUUCUUAUAUUGAAGAAAAAACAAAUACAAAACCUGCGCUUUGCCUAUUUUAUACCAUAGAAAGUGUAUUCUAAUAUGUUUUUGAGUGGUAAAUGAUUAUACCAGUUUUCUUCAACAUCUGAAGGGGAAUUUAUCAUAAAAGCAAAGAGUUUCACUUAAAUUGACUGCAUCGCUGGGACACAGAGCUGGAAGUAAAACACUUAUGGAAAGCUGACUGUCAGGAAAGACCUGGAUCUGUGGAAGAUCAACCCUCUGGUGAGUAGGAGGGCCAGGGCCAGGGCAUGUUAACAUGAUGAUGAAGGUGGUGGUGAUGAUGAUUGUGAAGAACGGUCUCAAGUGAUUUGAUGAUUUCAAGAUUUGGAAAAGUCAAACCACCAUCCAGGAGUCCACCAACUGAACCA